AUGGCAGACAUCAUCCGAGACGCCGCUCUGGGGCAACUCAUCCGUUUCCUCACUAAGAACAAGUACCUUAAAUACCCCGAAGAGAAGCCCGGCUUUAAGCUGCCUGACCCCUGGAUCACCCUCAUAAAUAACCCCGAUGCCGUCGUCGUCGAAGACCUCCAUCGCACGCGAUCUCAGCUGGAGACGCGGGCUUAUACGGUCGACCGGUUCCAUAUCGAUGAGCAGCAUGAUAUCGAGAAGGUUCAGUCUAUUCCUGUUGUGCCCAAGAGGACAAAGGAUGGUGCUAUUCUCGUCGACUGGUACUAUUCAGAUGACUCCGAUAACCCCCAGAACUGGACGAAUAACAAGAGACUGGGCAUCUCGCUGAUUAUAUGUUUAUAUACUUUUGUGGUAUAUACAUCGUCAGCUAUCUACACUUCCUCAACCGAAGGCGUCAUGCGCACUUUUGGCGUAAGUCAACUUAAAGCCACGCUCGGUUUGUCUAUCUACGUUCUGGGCUACGGCAUCGGUCCCCUGGUGUUCUCGCCCCUGAGCGAGAUCCCUCGCAUUGGCCGCAACCCUGUCUAUAUCGUCACAAUGUUUCUCUUCGUCAUCAUCUCGAUCCCGACGGCGCUGGUGGAUAACUACCCCGGCCUCAUCGUCCUGCGUUUCCUUCCGGGCUUUUUUGGCUCGCCUUGUCUGGCUUCGGGUGGUGCGUCGCUCGGUGAUAUAUAUAGCUUGAUGGCUCUGCCAUAUGCCCUGAUGGCUUGGGUCGCCGCCGCCUACUGUGGACCCGCCCUCGGCCCCCUGAUCAGCGGCUUCGCCGUGCCCGCCAAGUCCUGGCGCUGGUCUCUAUACGAGAGCAUCUGGGCUUCCGCUCCCAUCUUCAUCCUCAUGUUCCUCCUCCUCCCUGAGACGAGCGGUGCCAACAUUCUACUCCGUCGCGCUAAGCGCCUCCGCAAGCUCACAGGUAACGAGAGCUUCAUGUCUCAGAGCGAGAUUGACCAGCGCAACAUGAAGGUCUCGGCGGUUGCUAUCGAUGCUCUGAUCAAGCCUAUGGAGAUCACCAUGAAGGACCCCGCUGUUCUAUUCGUGCAGGUCUACACUGCUAUCAUCUAUGGCAUCUACUACUCUUUCUUUGAAGUCUUCCCCCGCGUCUACCCCGUUUAUUACAACAUGAACCUUGGCGAGAUCGGUCUGGUCUUCCUCUGCAUCUUGGUCUCCUGUAUUAUUGGCGUGGCUGUCUACUUUGCCUACCUGUACUACUAUGUGGACCCCCGCAUCGCGAAGCUAGGCUGGCCGGUCCAGGAGUCCCGCCUCCUCCCCGCGCUUCCAGCCUCGAUUGGCCCUGCUAUCGGUCUCUUCCUCUUCGCGUGGACAGCUCGAGCGUCAAUCCACUGGAUUGUGCCGACCAUCGGCAUCACUAUAUACGGUGCUACUGUCUUCAUCGUUAUGCAGUGUAUCUUCGUGUACAUUCCUCUCAGCUACCCGAUGUAUGCUGCUAGUCUGUUCGCUGCGAACGACUUCUUCCGAAGUGCUUUUGCUUGCGGCAGCAUUCUCUUCGCCCAGCCACUCUUUGACAACCUCGGCGUCGCUAAGGGUACGAGUCUGCUCGGUGGGUUGAGCGUCAUCGGCAUCAUCGGUAUCUGGCUGCUGUAUUUCUAUGGCGCCAGGCUGCGAUCGCUCAGCAAGUUUGCGCUCUCUGAACAGGUGCAAUAA